AUGUUUAAAAAAAUUGCAAAAACAGAGAUGAAAUAUACAAUAGUUGAAAAAUAUAAUUAUAUUAUAGGUAAUGAAAAAAUUUGGAAAUAUAGUUUUUUAUCUAAAACAAAUACAAUUAUUAAUUCUAAAAGCUUUACAUUCUUAGAUAAUAUAAAAGGACCAACUAUUCAAAAAAAGAAACUUUUUCUAAGGAAAUAUUACAAUCAGAUCACAUAUGUUAUAAAUAUUAAAAAUCAAGAACUAGAUUUCUUAUUAAGAUUUUAUGUUUACGUUGGCUUUCUAAAUAAAAAAGUAUUAUAUUUUUUUCUUGAGUAA